CGUCACUAUGACUAGCAUGAACUACUACUACACCUUCAUCUCGUCCCCUUUCAACCUCUUCGCCGCCGCCCCGACUCGCGUAAACUACAGCGAAGCUGCAGUGCUAGCAUGGGAGGAGCUACUGACCUACCUCCAGGUUUCCACUUCUUCCCCUCAGAUGAAGAUCUUGUCGUCCAUUUCCUCCGGCGCAAAGCGGCAAACCUCCCAUGCCGCCCUGACAUCAUCCCAACAGUUCUUCUGCAACACUACAACCCGUGGGAACUGAAUGGCACUGCACUGCAAGCUGGAAACCAGUGGUAUUUCUUCAGCCAUGCAGCACAGAGCAGGAUCUCACCGAAUGGGUACUGGAACCCUAUUGGUGCUGAUGAAACAGUGACAAGCAGUGGCUGUAUUGUCGGCCUGAAGAAGACACUCAUCUUCUGCACCGGCGAACCUUCCAAGGGUUUCAAAACUAACUGGAUCAUGCAUGAGUACCACCUUCAAGAUGGAGGAUAUAAUGUCAGCGGCAGCAGCACCUCAAGCAGCUCAAGUUCCAGUAGGAAAUCCCAAAGGAAGAGAGUUCACUCAAGCACGGAGUCCAACAACUGGGUGAUAUGCAGAGUGUUCGAGUCGAGUUGCGGUUCGCAAGUGAGCUUCCAUGAUGAGGGCACGGAGCUUUCAUGCUUAGAUGAGGUGUUUUUGUCGCUAGAUGACUAUGAUGAAGUGAGUCUGCCAAAUAAUUAGAACCCUAGCUAGUAAGUAGUGCUGACGGUAGGUCCUAUAUAUGCCUAUCAAGCCAUUUAAUUAACUGUGAUGGUGAUAUCUACGUAAGUGGUUGCAAGUUGCAUUAUGUAUGAUUCAGAUGGCCUGAUAGGCAUCGAACUUAAUCCAGUCUAUCCUAAAUCAUUACCAUGUAAUUAACUAUCAUGCAACAGGUAUAAAGCUUGAGCUUGUAUCUGAUAACCUUGACAUGUGUGUGAACACAAGUCACUUAGCGAUGCUCUAAAGAUCAGCUGAUUUUCUGAAGCA